UCUGCAGCUGCACAAACUGCCCUGAGAGCUGGAGGGAUGGGAAGCCCCCAAGCAUCCCCAGCCUGUGAUGUGAGCAGAAGGAGAUGAGCCACACUGAGUCCUCGGCAGUGCAAUAUCCCUCAUCCUUCUCCAUCCCAGCCAUCUCCCAGGGCAGCUUCACCCGGACAGGCUGUUCGCCAGGGCCUGUCUCCAGCCACGGCACAGUGUCACCGUGAGCAGUCCCUUCCACUGCUGCUGGCCCUGAGCAGUGAAUCCCGGAGGACUGGUAAGAGCUGGCCCAGGAUCUGUACAAUUCUCAGCAUUGCUGCUUCCCUCUUGUGGUGAGGAAACAGCCCGAGAGAUGGAUGUGGUACGGAGGUGUUACGGGCGUGGUACAUGUGGGCAGUGGUAGACAGGUCUCAGCCAAAUCACCAGUGGGAUAAAGCCUGGAUCUCUGCUGGGAAAGUGUGGAAGUCAGCUCCAGCAUUUGGGCUGUGGACCUGAAAAGCAUCUGAAGAACUGCAGAAGGAAGCAAAAACGCUGUCUGCAAGCGCCUGGCUCCGGUUAAUUACAAUGGAUAGUUGUAAGAUACAUGAAAAUGCCUCCAAAUGCAGUGUGAACACCAUGGAGUGCUUCAUGGUCCUCAGCACGCAAGCGCAGAAGAUAAGCAUUGCCACACUGUGUGGCCUCUUUGGGACACUGUGCAUUUUUGAGAACUCUUUGGUGCUGUACUUGAUCUUCUCCUCCCCCAGGACAAGAAGAAAGCCUUCCUACCUCUUUAUCAGCAGCCUGGCCUUGGCUGACAUUCUGGCCAGCAUCAUCUUUGUCUGCAGUUUUGUUAACUUCCAUGUCUUUAAUGAAACCAAUUUCUCUAAAGAAAUGUUCCUGCUGCAGCUGGGAGGGGUGAACACGUCCUUCUCCGCCUCCCUGAGCAGCUUGCUGCUGACAGCCCUGGACCGUUACAUCUCCAUCAGCCGACCAUCCAAAUACAAGCUCCUCAUGACGAGGAAGAGAGCAUGGAUAGCCCUAGGGGUGCUCUGGGUAACAUGUGCGACCAUUGCUUCCCUGCCCCUCUUGGGCUGGAAUUGCUGCACGCUUGACUCGACGUGCUCCGAGCUGUUCCCAUUUGUGGAUGACAACUACCUGUCGAGCUGGAUCUGCUUCAUCAUGGUCCUGCUGGGGUGCAUCAUCUACGCCUAUGCGCACGUGCUAUGGAGGGCUCACCAGCACGUGGCCUACAUGGAGAAGCACCAAGCGCAGGCAGGAAAGCAAAACACCAGGAUGAGGAUGGACGUCAUGCUGGCCAAGACCCUCUUCAUGGUGCUGACUGUCCUUGUGCUGUGCUGGUCUCCGGUCCUCGUCCUCAUGAUCUACAGCAUCUUUGCCAUGCUGAACAAUCACCUGCGCAAGGUGUUUGCCUUCUGCAGCACCCUCUGCCUGCUCAAUUCCAUGGUGAACCCCAUUAUUUAUGCCCUGCGGAGCAAGGAGCUAUAUUCCUCCCUGAGGAUGGUCUUGGCUCGGUUCAGGAGGCAGCUGAAGGCCCCUGAGGAAAGCCCAGAAGCAGAAAGCACCCGCAAGUCCUCCGUGAUAGAGACUGUCUGUGAGGACAUGCGCGUAACGUAG